AUGGGCAUUUAAUCUAGAACGUUACAACUAAACGCUUCUUUAUAUGCUAGAGAGUAGAAUCCUGAAUUAUUUCAUAAAAUUCAAGAAUUUUAACUUGUAAUAAUAUAAUACAAAGAUUUUUUAAUAAGCAAAGUCCGUCCUGACCUUAGUUGA